AUGCCUCCCAAGAAGAGAGCUAGAUGUUCUACUAUAGGUGCUCAGGAUGAUAUGACACCUGAGGUUGCUUGUCGACAAAGCUCCAGAUCUAAUCGCAGUGUUGGCGGCCACACAGCACAACUUCAAAAAGCUGGAGAAGCGAUAGCAGCACCCACAAAGAGUAGGAAAGGACGAAACAAUUACCCUGAGCUUGAUGCCAGUGAUCCUGAAGAAAAUUCAAUGGCUCCUGUGCGGCUGCAUCAGGGGAAGAAAACUCCUGCAAAACCUUGGACUACAAACAAUGUUCCCAAACCGAAACCUGUUCCUGCAAAACCUCAAACUACGAGCAGCAAUUCUAAGCGACCCUAUCAAAGGUCGGGCAACAAUCACCCAGCCCACACUUCUCCCCAUCCAGUGCUACAUACUGUUCGCUCUUCUGACAGAUUCGGGUUUAAGGCACCUACGCCUACUUCCAGUGUGCAGUGCACCCAGAAGGCAAACCAGCGAGACAUGAGCGAGGAAGAUGAUGAUAGAGAGGACGGAGCCGAAAAAAGUGGUGUAGGUCAGCAUGUGGACAAUGGAGAGGACUCCAGUCAACAUUCAGAUGCACCUGUUGAAGAUGGUGGUGACGAUGGAAGGGAUUUUGAUCGAGAGCAUGACUGGGAAGACGAACCCAUGGAUAUGGAAGGUCAAGAUGAUAAUACUUAUGAUGUUCUUGAACAUCAUCAAGCACAGAAUGGACAACGCAAGGCUCCUUCACUGUCAUAUCUUUCGAAAAUGAAAGGAAAUGAACGUGCUAGUACCUCCAUUCGCUUCAAGUCUCCUUGCCAACGCCUGUCUCAAAGUAGUGACCACCCGAGAUCUCGUCAAUGUGUGCCAUCUGUGGAUGCCUCUUCUGUCCAAGUGCCUACUUCCCGACGUAGACUCUCGCCAUCUCAUCCGCCCAAACUUUACAUUCGCCCUAAGUCUCCACGCCAACACUCAUAUCAGCCCGCAACGUCUAUGCAACAUACUUCAUAUGCCUCCUUCUGCAAAUGCUCUCCAUCACAGACUUCUUCUGACCAUGCCACUACUCCUAGUCAUUCACUCUCUCAUAGCACUACACCCAUUCAAGCUCGGUGCACACGAAAUGUCAAGACAACACAAGAAAACCCUUCUAAGCUUGGAUUUUAUCCACCUUGUUGGCAAGGCUUUCUUCAGGUGGCAAAAUUACAGAUGCAACUGCAAGCUGUUCUCACACAUCCAAUUCCAGAACACAAGGAUGCUGUGCAACUUGCGCAAGAAGUCUUGGACGCUGAAUUGUGGGUAUGCCACCAGAAGAAGCUUAAAUUUGAGGAUGGCUACUUCCCAGCAUAUAGCCUGCAGAUGUGCCAGUUGCUCUGUGACGAUCUCUUCACAUUCCGUACAGAGCUCAAAAAGGUUGUUAUCUCUAUAGCUAAAUUGUCUUAUGAUAUCUUCCCGAAGGGCACCUCACUGCGAUUGGAGGAGAUAAAGAAGCAUGUCAUUGCAGCUGCCACUAAGCUACUCAAGACUGGUGAUUACCUCCGGAUCCCUGACUCGUCUGAUGGAAAAUUCAAGAAUUUUGUAUCACAGGCUCUCAAGGAUGUUUGUCUCAAAUUUUUCUAUGGUGACAGCAAGAAAGUGCUGAAGAACAUGGAUGACUUCCACCAAACAAUCCCUGCUAACGCGCUCAUUCUUAUGAAGGGUGUUAUUUCUGGGUUCAGUGAAACUGGGACCAACAGAUCUCCUGAACUCCCUGCUGAUAGAUGCAGGACUGACUUCAACAAGUUGUGGACAUCAGUUGAUAAGUUGCUCAACAUUCCGGAACUUCGCGAAGAGCUUGAAGAGAUGCUGCAGCAAUGGGCUAAGAUUGGUAUGAGCGAAUCUGAUUGGCAUGCAGAUGGGAGUGCAGCAGGCAGUGAUGUGGACAUCAAUAUCAUACUUUAA